UUCCUCCCCUCGGCUCCUCCCCGUCUGUGUGUCAACUCUGUGACGGGUCACGGUGUGUUGGAGCUGGGGGUUGGAGUCGGUGUGAAAGCACCGUGCUCUCUUCCGACCAGUCACCGUCUGCCUCUGCUUACAGUAAAACCUUACGCAGAGUUGACGGGAAAUCGAAACAGUCGACAGAAGCAGCUGGGAACGUCCUAAAAGCCCGGCGUCGGGGCGCUGCGUCGGACACACGGCUGUAAUCUUUACCGGACGAGCUGGGUUUCAUCGCGGGCUGGAUGACAAGCUCCUCGGCUUUAUUCUAGGAACAGCGGAGUCUGCCGACGACAUGAACAAUAAAUAGUUGGUAACGUCGUGCUUUUCCGUAGAAAUACACUGUGAACCAUCCAUUUGAAUCUCCACCGAAGUCAUGGAUGCAAGCUGGAAAAACUGCUUCGAGGAGGAGCUUCUCUGCCCCAUUUGUCUGAAUGUCUUUGAUGAGCCCAUCCAGCUGCCGUGCAAGCACAACUUCUGCAAAGGCUGCAUCUCCGAGGCCUGGGCCAAGGACGGCGCGGCCGUCCGCUGCCCCGAGUGCAACCACGACUACGACCAGAAGCCCGCGCUGGAGAAGAACUUCAAGCUGGCCAACAUAGUUAAGCGGUUCAACGCCCUGAACGCAGAGAAAGCCCCCACUGUGCUGCACUGCGUACUCUGCAGACGAGGCCCCCCGCUGCCUGUGAGGAAAGUGUGCCUGCGCUGCAAGGAGCCUUGCUGCCAGACUCACAUCCAGACGCACCUCCAGCAGCCAUGCGUGGCGCCAGGACACCUGCUAGUAGACAUUGAGGAGCUGAGCGCCUGGACCUGCCCCACUCAUGAGGAAUACAGGCUGCUUCACUGUGAGGAAGAGCAGGUGGCUCUGUGCCCCUUCUGCUGCAUCUCCCACUGCACGAACCAAAGACACACAGUGUGUGAUGUGGACACACAACGUGUACAAAUGCAGGCCAUGCUAAUGAGGCAGCAAGACAGACUGGAUUGUCGUGUUCAGAACAUCGAUGAGCAGCUCACCAAGCUGGAGUCAGAUAAGACCCUUCUGAAGGAGGCUGUGUGCGAGCUGAAGGAGCGUGCCAGAGCUCAGUAUCAGAGAAUGCACGCGCAGCUUGAGGCAAACCAAGCGGAGACCAUGCAGAUGCUGGAGAGCACUUACACCAUGUAUGCGAGGAAGAACUCCCAGCAAGUCCUGCAGCUCAACGAGAAGCGGCAGGAGUCAGAGAAGCUCCUGAGCUCAGUGCAAUCAUUCUUCCAAAGAGCAGAGAGUUUAAACUUCAUGAAGAACACCAAACCUUACCAGCUGCUAAUAGAGAAGUUAAACUCACAUCUAAGUGGGGCCAUCCCUCCACUCAGACUGGGCCAACUCAACUCUCAUCAUUUUCUGUCCAACCUCUUGACGAGAGAGAAGAACCUGCGAAAAAUGCUAGAAGAACCGUUCAAUGGAGCAUCCAUUCUUGAGAUUGUGCAGUCGCACAGCAGCCAUGCUAGUUCUCCACUGGGAAUGAGUUCAGGCCUGCAGAAGAGGAAAUUCAGUGUGGCUUUCCUGGAGAGUACCACAGAAAGCUCCUCCUCCCAGGAUCCUCCGCAUUUAAUCUACAGCAGCAAGAACACCUUCCUGACUGACCAGAGCCACCGUUCCUCGUCUGUGUAUUCCUCCGAGAUCCUCCCUCAGACUUCCCAUACCUCUGGUCGCCUUCUUGACCCUGCAGCCCAUCACAUGGUAGGUCUGGGGUCCAGCUCUAGCCAACACUCAGGAAACCUUUUCCCAUCCUCCCACUUCCACAGUGGAGGACCCUCGCAGCAACCCAUGUACAAGAGCAGGAAGGUGCUGAUGUGCACCCUAAAUAACUGCUGCUGCUCCAGAGCUCCAGCUGCUCACGCCCAGCCUCCGUACCCGGGGGCGGACACCUUCCCCUCUCAGGAGUUCCCCCCGCACGCCCCGCUUCCUGCGAGUCAGCCCCUGCACCAUUUUCCCAUCAGGGGCCUGAUGGACGCAUCGCAAACUGCCAGGCACCCUGAUUUCUAUGGCCUGUACGGCCAGUCUUCAACCAAGCAUUAUGGGACCAAAUAAACCCCAGUCAGUGUUUGUUCUUUUGUUGUAUCAAACUCCUUCAGGAUUUGAUUUUAAUAUUUGUUCAACAACACUUCUGGAAUCCGUUGUAGCCCUGUUUUAUCACAGUAACACUAGUAACUCCUAAACCCAUUAUAAGGUUGCAGUUAGUUUCUUUUUUAACUUCACUGGAAGUGCUGAUGUGAAUAUUUUAGUCUUAAAAUGCAUCCAAGCAGCAAAUGAGUAAGUGACAUAUCCUUCAUCACGAGUCCUGCCGUUGGACUCCAGUGCCUAAAGAGACUGUUAACACCACUCUUACUGUACUUGCAACUCCUUAGCUCUUGAGUAUUUCCUGCUGGCGGCUGAAAAUGAGCAUACAGUCAGAAGUCAGUGUGACUUGGGAAAAAGAAAAAGAAAACACUGGACUCCAAAUGCUUGUCAGUUUUUUCAUGUAUUUUUUAUAGAAAAAUAUGAAUACACCAAAGUAUGUGAAAGAUGUCAAAUAAAUAAGCAGAUUGAAAACAG